AUGCUGCUCCCCACCAUCACCACCAAGCUGCUGCUGGCCGCCUGGCUGCCUCAAGUCGCCCUUGCCGUCUUCGCCGACGACGCCUACCACGUCGACUACCACUACGCUCUGCUGGGCGCUCCCCAGCAGCACGCUACCUUCUUCCACCAGCCCCACGCCGCCUCCAAAGCUUCCCUCCUCUACACCCUCUCCGACAAGUACGUCCUUGGCGCCAUCAACCCCAAGGAUGGCUCGCUUAUCUGGAGGCAGCGCUUGUCCUCCAAUUCGUCUGCCUCGUUCCUGAGGGCCGGUGAGGGACAGGACAUCGUCAUCAGCGCCGUCGACGACCAGGUCGCUGCAUGGGACGCCACGGACGGUAGGUUGGUCUGGGACAGCUCCUUCCGGAAUGCCCAUGUGAGGGACCUGGAGGUCAUUGAGCUGGAAGAUGCUUCGACGAGCGCUGGCGCAAAAGACGCCCUUGUCAUGUUCGGCGGCAGCAACCCGGCCGUGAUGCGUCUGAAUGGCCAGAGUGGCGCCAUGAAAUGGGCCUUUGAGGACACCAGUGGCGAUGUACCCUUCCAAGUAUCCACCUCUGCCACCGCUAUUCACGCGAUCUCUUUGUCAUCCGCCAUGCUCGGAGGGCUGAAAAUCAAGGUCGUGUCGGUCGAUCCCUUGACCGGUCACAAGAUUGACCAAUACACGCUCACCUCUGAGAGCGACAUCUCUUCUCCGGACGACAUUCUGUUUGUGGGUGCGAACUCCGCCUCACCAAUACUCGCAUGGACCGACAAAUCCCACAAGACACUGAAGCUCAACCUCAUUGGUACUAAGGGUAUCUCGAGCCUCAAUAUUGAGAACCACACCGGUGAGGAGAUUGAGAAGGUUGUGCUCCAUGCGCCGCACCGCACCAUCUCGGUUCCGCAUUUCCUCGUCCACUACCAAACGUCGAAGAGCCAUUGGGCCGAUGUGUACCACGCCGACCUCAAGACCGGUUCGUUUUCGAAAGCUUACAGCUUACCUAAGUUGAGCGGAAAGGGUGCCUUCUCAACUAGCACCACUGAUGCCAACGUCUACUUCACCCGGGUCUCUUCCGACGAAGUUACUGUCGUCUCUUCGGCAUCUGACGAUGUUCUUGGCCACUGGCCAGUCAAAAAAGACACUCCAGACCAUGCUGAGGCGGUCAAAUCUCCGCUGCAUGCUGUUUCCGAGGUUGUCGUCAAGUCUGGCGGCGCGUCUGCUGUGAGAUCCGCCGUUUUUGUUUCCGCUGGUAACUGGAACAUGUUGCGCAAUGGCGAUUCUACUUGGUCCCGACCGGAAUCGCUGGCGGGUACGGUUGAUGCCGUGUUUGUGGAUCUCCCGGAUCAAGAAUCUCUUGUUCAAGAGUUGGAAAUUGAGACUCACCAGAAUGCUUUGGCUGCGUACAUUCACAGAGUUAAGAGACACGUAAAGGAUCUCGAGCACCUGCCGCAGUUCCUGCAGAAUCUUCCUAAACGCUUUAUGCCGGCCGCGGAAACUCAGGACAAGCCCCAAACGGAUACUUUCGGUUUCAACAAGCCCGUGGUUGUCGCGACCGAAACUGGGCGUUUUAUUGCCUUACGUUCUGGCAAAAUCAUUUGGAACAGUGACAUUCUCAAUCUCCCUAUGGGAAAGAAGAUCGACAAAAUAGAGCUUAGAGUCACAUCUACAGGACUUAUUGAAGCCGAUAUUCCGGAGCUGAGCAAGCUUGUGCUUCUCGACGUUUCUACAGGUCUCGCCUUACCUGCCACUCCUAACGAAGCGAAACAUCCUUUGGACACAGAAAAGGCCUCCCCCGCGUUCUCUUACCGGGUUGUCGAUGGCGAUCUCAAGGGCUACUGGUCCGGCUCUGAUCUUGCUUGGCAAUUUGUGCCCACGGCUGGAGAACGUAUUAUCAAUGUGACACCUCGUCCCGCAUUGGAUCCUGUUGCCUCUAUUGGUAAAGUUCUCGGAGAUCGCCGUGUCUUGUACAAGUACUUGAACCCGAACCUGGUUCUUGUUACCGCUGUGACCGAUGCCACUGGUAUACUAUCUGUCUACUUGUUGGACUCUGUAUCUGGCGUCCUGCUUUAUGAGGCUUCACAUGAAGGCGUUGAUAUGAUGCAGCCAAUUCCUUCUGCGUUGUCCGAAAACUGGAUCACCUAUUCUUUCACCCUUAGCUCGAACGGCGAGGCACCAUCCAGGGGCCACCAAUUAGUCGUUGCAGAGUUCUUUGAGUCGACCUUGCCAAACGACCGUGGUCCCUUCGGUGCCUCUUCGAACUACUCGAGCAUUCAACCCACAGGCGCUGUCGGUGAAGCCGCUAAGCCUCACGUCUUAUCUCAAACCUAUCAUAUACCCGAAGCAAUCUCUCAUAUGGCUAUAACUCAGACAGCACAGGGCAUUACUUCGAAAUGGUUGCUUGUCACGCUUGCGGAAUCAAACUCCAUCGUCGGCAUACCACGCAAUUUCAUUGACCCACGCCGGCCAGUUGGCAGAGAUCCAACCGCUGAUGAGGCCAUUGAGGGUUUGCUGAGGUACACUCCUGUCAUUGAAUUCGAUCCCAGACAGUAUCUCAACCACAAGCGUGAGGUUUACGGCGUUGAAAAAGUUUUGACAAGUCCCGCCUUGAUGGAGAGCACGAGCUUGGUGUUCGCCUACGGAUUGGAUGUCUUCGGCACCAGGGUUACCCCCAGUUUCUCUUUUGACGUGUUGGGCAAAGACUUCAACAGGUUCCAGUUGGUCACCACCGUUGCUGCCCUGGCAGUCACUGUUUUCUUCGUAGCACCAUUGGUCCGGAGAAAACAGAUCAACGCCCGCUGGCAGAUAUCAUAG